AGUGUCGUGUAUGAUUGCAGUUGCAAAGCUUAAGCUGCGAGUGCUAAAACAGCGCCAAAAUCGAAGUGUUUGAAGAGAAAGAAGGGAACAAAGCAGAAAAAUGGAGCAACUUGCAAAUUCGUUUUCAGUGUUAGAACUUGACGCUGAUGACACCCACCUUCCCACCAUUGCUGGUAGUAGCAGUAAUAAGAGAGUUAAUGGCAACACUGACACUUUACCAGUCAAAAAUGAGAAACAAGAUCUACAAAAUCUGGUGACUCCUUCAUGUGAAUACAAGUUACCUCUUGUUUGGAUUGACUUGGAGAUGACCGGUUUAAAUGUUGAAGUGGACAGAAUACUGGAGAUUGCUUGUAUAAUUACCGAUGGAAAUUUAACCAAAACAGUGGAGGGUCCUGAUUUGGUCAUCCAUCAAACUAAGGAGUGCCUUGACAGAAUGGGAGAUUGGUGUCAGACUCAUCAUGCUGCUAGUGGGUUAACAAAAAAGGUGCUCCAAAGUACAAUUAUUGAAAAAGAAGCUGAAAAACAGGUUAUUGAAUUUGUUAAAAAAUAUGUUGGUUCAUACACACCUCUCUUGGCUGGAAAUUCAAUAUAUGUGGAUUUACAAUUUCUGAAGAAAUACAUGCCAGAAUUAGCGAGUCUCUUCUCUCAUGUGCUUGUGGAUGUUAGUAGUGUUAAAGCUCUUUGCAUUCGCUGGUAUCCUAAGGAUCAGAAGAAAGCGCCUUCAAAAGCAAACAGACACAGAGCAAUGGAUGAUAUUAGAGAAAGCAUUCAGGAACUUAGAUACUACAAGGCAAAUAUUUUUAAGUCUAAAUCCAGAAAGUGACAGGGUUGAAGGCAAAGCAGCAUAUGAAUGUCGAUUGAGAGGUUUUCAAUUCAAUUGUAAAUCUUGUUAUGGAAAGUUUGGGCACUGAUUAAAUGGCGUGUGAUUUUGGAUAAAGAGUACUUUUGUUAUUGCAGUCUCAUUUAAAUUUGUAGCAGGAGCCCUGACAUGCAAGUGGACUAGAGCUUCAGCUCCGAUAAUUGCAAUUUGUGUAAAGUUGUUUAAAGAAAAAAGUGGAAAUAUAAUUAUCGAUGACAAUGUCCAAAGAUAUUUUUUGGUUGUGUCCAAGUAUUUGUUAACAGUGGAGGAUCUGCCAACUGGACUAUAGCGGAAUGCUUGACUUUAGGAUGAAGAUUUUACGUCCGUAUAUAUAGUAUAUAAGCCUGAUUUGUAAUACACAUAGGCAAAAGACAUUUACUCAGAUCAGAUGCAUGAAUAAAAGUCAUACAGAUGACUAUGCAAAUUAACUUAAAAGAUGAACCAACCAGGACACAUCAAUAAUAUUGUUUGCUAC